AACUAUUUUUCAUCCUUCACUAACAAAUAUCACAUUUGAAUACAAUGGAUUCCAAAAAUGCAAUCCUCAUCCUUGGCCUUUUGGCCAUGUUUCUUUUUAUUUCUUCAGAAGUGUCAGCUAGGGACUUAUCCGAGACUUCAACUAAUACCAAAGAUGAGGUUGUUGAAAAGUCAAAUGAAUUAAAUGAUGCCAAAUAUUACGGUGGAGGCUACAACCAUGGUGGCGGCGGCGGUUACAAUGGUGGCGGAGGAGGCUACAACCACGGUGGUGGUGAGGGUUAUAAUGGUGGUGGGGGUUAUAAUGGUGGUGGAGGAGGCUACAACCAUGGUGGUGGUGGAUACAAUGGUGGUGGAGGAGGAUACAACCAUGGUGGUGGUGGAUACAAUGGUGGUGGAGGAGGAUACAACCAUGGAGGUGGUGGAUACAAUGGUGGCGGAGGAGGAUACAACCAUGGAGGUGGUGGUUACAAUGGUGGCGGAGGAGGAUACAACCAUGGCGGUGGUGGUGGUUAUGGAGGUGGACAUGGUGGUAGUUCCGACAAUGGUAACUGAUUAUAUAAUCAUGCAUGGACGUACUAUGAGUAAUAAAAGAGGUAUAGAGAAUCAUGAAUCUUUUGAGGUUAUGUAGUAUCUAUCUUCUCACUAUAUAGUAUAGAUAAGUCACUAUGUUUAUGUGAAGAUGAGUUUGAUUUCGAACCAAAGUGCUGAAUGUGUAAUCAAUCAUGUGUAAUAAAUCAAAUAUCAUCCUUGUUACUA